AUGGACAUGGUUAGGGUGAAAAUCGGAAUGGAUUAUGUUGUUGCAAAUCAGCCGGGUAGCAUUUGGGUGUUUUACAAAUCAUCUUUUAUUUGUCACACGUUAGGGGAGUCAGAUCAGCAUAUCACUCUAGGCAUUGGUUCCCAACUCUUGGCUGAGGAGAUAUAUUUUUCGUUUGUUCAUGCAAAGUGCACUGCCCAGGAGAGGGGAGGUUUAUGGAAGUUGGGGAUGCUGGCUUCUCGUGGUCCAAAUUUACCUAGUGCAACAAUAGGCAGGGCCACUAGAUUGGAUAGCAAGCCGAAGCCUUUUCGAUUCUUGAAUUUCUGGACAAAAAACCCAGGUUUCCUAGAUGUGAUCAAGGGGAGUUGGGCUGCUCCCUCCACUGGGUCGCCUCUCAGAGUUCUGUCAGAUAAGUUGCGAAGAGUGAAGCACGCACUUCGGCAGUGGUCUAGGAGCUCAUUUGGUGACAUCUUCUUUGCAAGCCGUACGGCAGAACAAAAGGUGCUGGAAGCUGAGAUAGCUCAUGAUAACCAUCCAUCGGACGGGUUGCUAUUGAGUCUACAAGAGGAACGUGCAAAAUUGAGACGGGCUGUGGUGGUUGAAAAAGAGUUUUGGAGGCAGAAAGCUCGAGUUAAAUGGGUCUCAGAUGGGGACAAGAAUACGGCAUUUUUCCACGUUAUCGUGACUGAGAGGAGGAGGAAGUCGGUUAUUCAUAGAAUCCGGAAGACCAAUGGGGAAUGGGUGGACGACGAAGCAAAUAUUUGUGCUAAGGCCGUUUCUUUCUUUCAAGAUUUGUUCACAGAGGAGGGGGGAAGGCCGUCAAGUGAUAUGUUAGAGAUCAUCCCGAAGAUAAUCAUUGAUCAGGAUAAUAUGGUGCAGACUGGGGUCCCGUCAAUAAGCGAAGUAAAGGAAGUCAUUUUUUCGAUGGAUGAAGAUAGUGCGGCGGGGUCGAAUGGCUUCACAGGAAAGUAUUUUAUGGCUGCAUGGGAGGUGGUGGCUGAGGAUGUUCACAGGGCGAUCAUGAGCUUCUUUUGUAGAGCGAUGUUGCCAAGAAGUGUCACUGCUACUGCCAUCAUGUUACUCCCCAAGGUACAGUGUCCACAGGAUUUUAUCCAGUACCGAUCGAUAAGUUUGUGCAACUUUGUCAAGAAGGUCAUCUCCAAAUUUUUAUCCUCCCGCUUGGCUAGGGUUUUGCCUCGUAUUGUCUUCCCGCAGCAAAGUGGUUUUGUGUCUGGACGGCAGAUAGCGGAUAACUUUCUUUUAGCUCAAGAGCUGUUGAGUGACAUUAAAAAGCCCAAUCGCGGUGGGAAUGUGAUGCUCAAAUUGGACAUGAUAAAAUCAUACAACAGGGUAUCCUGGAUUUUCUUGAUACAAGUACUGCAGCGAUUUGGGUUUAGCGAGGUUUGGAUUGAUAUGAUUUGGUAA